AUGCAUUUGCAAAUAUAUCGGCACAUCACUGCUGCUCUUCUUGCAACCCUACCUAUUAUAGCAACCAUCGUACCUCUAAUAUCAUGCAGACCAACAUCAUAUGACGCAUUUUCCUUCACUAGAUCUGAAUUAAACACAUACAAAGAAGAAGUGAGAGAUCUAUUCCAAUUUGGUCUCUCGAAAUAUUUAGAAGUGGGAUAUCCAUAUGAUGAAGUCCGACCUAUAUCAUGCGAACCAAAGACAAGAAACUUCAAUGAUCUUACUGAUUUACCCACUAAUGAUGUUUUGGGUAAUUUUACAGCAACUUUAAUUGAUUCAUUGACUACGGUCGCGGUAAUGGGGGAUAAGAACCAAUUCUAUAAUUUGGUUGAAUUAGUACGUGUGACUUUCCCUAACAAAUUUGAAAUUGAUGCUACUGUGCAAGUAUUCGAGACUACUAUUAGAAUAUUAGGAUCAUUGAUAUCUUCUCAUUUAUAUGCUACUGAUGCAAGGAAAAGUUGUAAUCUUUUGGAUAUGGGGUAUGAUGGGAUCUUAUUAGAUUUGGCGAAGGAUAUAGGUGAAAGAUUGUUACCUGUUUAUUUGACAGAAAGUGGAUUGCCCGUUUCUAGAAUUAAUUUAAAAGCUGGAUUUGAACGAUAUAGUCGUUUACAGAUGAAUGAGAAUAAUUUAGCUGGGAUGGCUACACCUAUGCUUGAAUUUGGAAUGUUAUCAUUGUUAACUGGUGAUAGAAAAUAUAUGGAAGUUACUAGAUUUACAUUUGAUAGAUUAUGGAAACAAUUCCGUGCAAGAACUGGGUUAUUACCCGUUUCAUUGGAUCCACAUGAUUUUACUAUUUAUUCAUUUGCCACUGGGGUAGGAGCAUCUGCAGAUUCAUUUUAUGAAUAUGCCCUAAAGGGAGCUAUUCUUUUCGAUGAUGAAGAAUUAAUGAAUAUAUGGGAAGAAAGUUAUAAAUCAUUAAAUGCAAAUUCCAAAUUAGAUUGGUUUUAUGGUAAUGUUAAUACAAUGGGUGUAAAUCAAGUAUUACCUUGGAUCGAUUCUCUUAGUGCAUUUUUCCCCGGGUUACAAGUGUUAGCAGGUGAUGUUGACGAUUCCAUGAUGAAACAUUUAUUAUUUCUUAAACAAUGGGAUUAUUUUGGUGGUAUACCAGAAAGAUGGGAAUUUGAAAAACCCAUGGUAAAUAUUGUUAAUAGAGAUGUUAGAGGUGGGUUCCGAAAAGAAACAAAGGAACAAGGUAGUGGUGGUGGUGGUGGUGGUGUUGUUUUACCAUUACCGUGGUAUCCCUUGAGACCAGAAUUCAUUGAAUCUACUUAUUAUCUUUAUAGAGCCACCAAGGAUCCGUUUUAUUUGAAUAUUGGGUAUCGUAUUUUACAAGAUUUCAAGUAUAGAUUCAAAUUUAGUUGUGGGUUUGCAGGGAUAGAAAAUUUAUUGACUGAUCAAAGACAAGAUCGUAUGGAGACGUUUGUGUUAAGUGAAACAUUAAAAUAUUUAUAUUUAUUAUUUGAUGAAGAUAAUGAAAUAAAUCAUUCUAGAGAUAAUGUUAUUUUCAGUACAGAAGCACAUCCAAUGUGGGUAACACCACAAAUGCGACAUGAUUAUGAAAAGAAUGGAUUUUUCAAUGAUGAUAAAUAUUGCCGUAAUUUACAGAAAUGUAAAAAGUCUUUCGAGACAAUUGUUAAUCCAUUUAAAUCUAGAAAUGAAAUUAUGAGACAAACUCCAAGAGCAGCAGCUGGUUCUAUUGAUAUAUGGCCAAAACUUGAAAAUAAACGUAUUUGCCCUGUCAAGUUUGUUUGGUCUGAUAAUAAAUUUGGUGAACAAAAUGAUAUAAGUUUACCAUAUUCCGAUAUUUUAACUAAUUAUAAUCGAUUAUUUGAAAUUGAUUAUAGGUAUUCUGAUGUAUUAAUAAAACCACCUCAUCUUAUCAAUUAUACAUCGAUAGAAUUGGAAUCUGGAUUUUAUGAAAUAUGGGCCAAGAAAAAUAAUGGUGACAACAAUGCGAACAUGAAAAAUAUUUGUAAACCCAAGCCUACUUCGGAGUCAUUUGAAAUUCUAUUUGAUAUCGAUGGACCUUAUGAUUUUUUCAAAUUUGAGAAUGGAGAUGUUCAUUGUAAUUCUUUAAAGACAAGAAGGAAAUGGAGAGUUGAAAAAAUACAUGUUGGAGAUUACGAUGUUUUUGGCAGAAUUGUCAACUCGACGCAGUUUGUAAAUGCGAAUAGACAAGAUUUGACUGACAAAAUGUGUGAUCAGUAUUUAUCACGCUGUCCGUCCACUUUAUAUCGAUUGAGUGUCAUUGACGGAUAUUCUAUUCCCGAAGGAGGUCGAGUAACGAUUGAUAGAUCUCAAUUAAUGGCAGCGAAUAAUGAUCCGGAAUUAAGGAACGUGUAUGCUCAAUUUGGGUAUAAUACAGAUAAUCAAUUAUUAUUACAUUGCAUCCCCUUUACCAAUGUGUAUUUAAUAUAA